CAAAAGGUCCGACGCGGACGUUGUAGCUAACAGCACCACCCGACGCAAAGGGCUGCACUGUGGUCUGCCGUCGGAAAGAAGGCACGUCCCACGUCUUUGCUUUUCGCACGUCCACGAGCCGAUAGGAACACUCUUGACCCCGGCGCCGAUAAGAUUCGAGCUCUUCGUUGCUCUGCACAACGUCUGGAUGGGGUACAUGUCGGAGCUGCUCAAUCUGCCCCCCGCUGACUCCGGAUCGACGCAGCAUGCUCAGACGCAGGCAGCGGGCAUGCAUGCAAAGCUGAUCAAGGCUGCCUUUGAAGGAGCGAUGAUCGCAGUCAAGCAGAGCAAGAACGCGUCGCUCGUAGGCUUGACCGGCAUCGUCAUCCUUGAGACCGAGAACGCGUUCAAAAUUAUCACCCCAAAGGAUCAACUCAAGCUCAUCCCGAAGAGGAAUUCCGUCUUUGCAUUUUCCGUUCCCCUCUACGCAACAACCACCCCGGUCUCGAAUCCUCCUGCGUCCAGCCCCGCCUCUGUACCAUCGGAACAGGACAUGACGUCGCAGGUUCCUCCGACACGCACGGUCCUAGAUCUCC